CUACAUUUACGUUAAGAAAACGUGAAGGAAAACAAAAAUAAGAAGAUAACAUGUAUGUAUGCCAGCUUUGAAACUAAACUUUGUGAUUUGCACGUAGGUCUUUCUAGCAAACCUAAGCAUAGUUAACUUGUAUCCGUAAACCACUGAAUGUAGGACUUACCAGCUUGAAGAAGACGAACCUCGCUCUCGCUUGGCUAACCUGUUGACAACAACAACAACAUCGGUUUUGUCGGAAAACUAGGCGAGACAGCCGGCAUAAUGGAGAAGUUGGAUGAGUUACAGAAGCUAGAGUACCUCUCACUUGUGUCUAAAGUAUGCACAGAAUUAGAUAACCAUCUGGGACUGAACGACAAGGAUCUAGCGGAGUUCAUUAUUGCACUGACGGACAAGAAUGACACAUUUGAGAAGUUCAAAAAGGCCUUGGUAGAAAACGGGGCUGAGUUUGCAGAUUCUCUUGUGGCAAAUUUACUGCGGUUGAUACAGAAGAUGAAACCAAAACGUAAAAAGAAGAAAAAGAAACAGAUGGACUCCUUUGAAAAGGAAGAUGUGAAGGAUGACAAAGAAUUAAAGAAGAAGCUGUUUCCUGCACUGGCAUUGCCUGAUGACCCAAGUAUUAGGAAAAUGUUAGCUGCAGAUAUUGAGGUGAAGAAAGAGGAGACUGAAGGUGAGGAUGAGAAGGUUGCUGUCGAUAUGAUGGGUGAACUGGAGGCUUUGAUGGGCAAAACAGAAACAAGUGCGGACACUGAGAAGCCGAAUAAAGCCAGAAGUCGAUCACACAGUAGAGACAGAGAGAGGAAAAAACGGAAGCAUAGGUCCAGAAGUAGAUCACUGGAAAGAUGGCGUUCGCGAAGCCGAUCAAAAGAUAGACACAGAAGUAGGUCAAGGUCGAGGGAAAGAAGAAAUAGGUCAAGGUCAAGAGACAGAAGAAAUAGGUCCAGGUCAAGAGAUAAAAGAAACAGGUCAAGGUCGAGAGAUAGAAGAAAUAGGUCAAGAUCAGGGGAGAGAAGCAGGGACAGGCGCAGGGGCAGGUCACGAAGCAAAAGUUAUGAACGAGAAGGUCGCCAGCACAGAGACCGCAGCCGUGAUCGAGCAAGAGGAAAGGAGAAGCUGACUAACGAUCCUGUUGUCGGGCAUAUCUAUGACGGGAAGGUGACUACUAUCAUGCAGUUUGGAUGUUUUGUUCGUAUUGAGGGACUCCGUAAAAAGAUGGAAGGCCUGGUCCAUAUAUCACAGUUACGGCGGGAAGGUCGUGUCACCAAUGUUGGAGACGUCAUACAGAGAGGUCAGAAGGUCAAGGUCAAAGUAUUAUCAUUCACUGGAAACAAAACCAGUCUCUCAAUGAAGGAUGUAAACCAGGAGACUGGAGAAGAUUUGAACCCCAGUCGCUCCCGGGAUGCCAUGGGAGGGGAGGUAACUGACGAGAUCCAGGCGAGAAAUCCAGACCGGCCCAGCACCAUGCCACUGGUGAGCUUACCAGAGUCUGAGGAAAUAUCUGACAGGCGAAAGGUUCAGCGAGUGUCGUCCCCAGAGAAGUGGGAGAUCAAGCAAAUGAUCUCUGCGGGCUGUAUAGACAAGUCAGAGCUGCCGGACUUUGACGAGGACACAGGUCUGCUGCCCAAAGAGGACGACUCGGAUGAUGACGUUGAGAUUGAGAUGGUAGAAGAAGAGGCUCCUUUCCUCAGAGGUCACGGCCGGCAGGGAGUUGACCUUAGCCCAGUCAAGAUUGUCAAGAAUCCGGAUGGGUCCCUGUCCCAAUCAGCCAUGAUGCAGAGUGCUCUACAGAAGGAGAGGCGGGAACUGCGCCAGCAGCAGAGGGAGGCUGAGAUGGAUUCCAUCCCCGCGGGCCUCAACAACCACUGGAUCGACCCCAUGCCAGAUGCUGAUGGUCGUAAGCUAGCAGCCAACAUGCGAGGGAUAGGCAUGAUGCCCAAAGACAUCCCUGAGUGGAAGAAACACAUCAGCGGAGGAGCGAAGGCAUCCUACGGGAAGAAAGUGAAUAAGUCCAUCCUGGAGCAGCGACAAGGUCUGCCCAUCUUCAAACUUCAGGAGGAACUGAUCAAGGCAGUAAACGACAACCAGAUCCUGAUAGUGAUCGGGGAGACGGGUUCAGGGAAGACAACUCAGAUGACGCAGUACUUGGCAGAGGCGGGCUACACCAUCCGUGGGAAAAUCGGCUGUACUCAGCCCAGGAGGGUGGCAGCUAUGUCUGUGGCUAAGAGAGUUGCCGAGGAGUUUGGGUGUCGUCUUGGUCAAGAGGUUGGCUACACGAUUCGUUUUGAAGACUGCACCAGCCCAGAGACUAAGAUAAAGUACAUGACAGAUGGUAUGUUGCUGAGGGAGUGUCUGAUUGACCCGGAUCUUCUCCAGUACUCAGUCAUCAUGCUGGACGAGGCCCACGAGAGAACCAUCAGCACAGAUGUAUUGUUCGGGCUCCUGAAAACGUGUGUGAAGAAGAGGCCAGACAUGAAGUUGAUUGUCACCUCUGCCACUCUGGAUGCUGUCAAGUUUUCACAGUAUUUCUUUGAAGCUCCUAUCUUCACCAUACCUGGCCGAACCUAUCCUGUGGAAGUCCUCUACACCAAGGAAGCAGAGACAGAUUACCUGGAUGCCUCCUUAAUCACUGUGAUGCAAAUUCACCUGACAGAACCACCAGGGGACAUCCUGCUGUUCCUGACAGGUCAGGAGGAGAUUGACACAGCCUGUGAGAUUCUGUACGAGAGGAUGAAGGCUUUAGGGCCUGAGAUCCCUGAGCUCAUCAUUCUGCCUGUCUACUCUGCUCUCCCCAGUGAGAUGCAGACCCGUAUCUUUGAACCAGCACCCCCUGGAUCCAGGAAGGUUGUUAUUGCCACUAACAUCGCCGAGACGUCACUGACAAUUGACGGUAUUUACUACGUGGUAGAUCCAGGAUUUGUCAAGCAGAAUGUGUACAACUCUAAAACAGGCAUGGAUCAGCUCAUUGUCACACCUAUCUCACAGGCCCAGGCUAAGCAGCGAGCUGGCCGUGCAGGCCGCACAGGACCAGGGAAGUGUUACCGCCUGUACACAGAGCGUGCGUACAGAGAUGAGAUGUUACCCACGGCUGUUCCCGAGGUUCAGCGUACAAACCUGGCCAGCACUGUCCUCUCCCUCAAAGCUAUGGGCAUUAACGACUUGCUGUCUUUUGACUUCAUGGAUGCCCCUCCCAUGCAGACUCUCAUCUCAGCCAUGGAACAGCUUCACGCGCUCAGCGCCCUGGACGACGAGGGGCUGCUAACCCGGCUUGGCAGAAGGAUGGCGGAGUUCCCACUGGAGCCGAUGUUGUCUAAGCUGCUGAUCAUGUCGGUGCACCUGUCCUGCAGUGAUGAGGCCCUCACCAUCGUCUCCAUGUUGUCUGUGCAGAAUGUUUUCUAUAGGCCGAAGGACAAACAAGCUUUGGCUGAUCAGAAAAAGGCCAAAUUCCACCAAUCUGAAGGAGAUCAUCUAACAUUGCUGGCCGUUUACAACUCGUGGAAAAACAACAAGUUCUCAAGUCCAUGGUGCUAUGAGAAUUUUGUUCAAAUACGGACAUUAAAACGAGCUCAGGAUGUGAGAAAACAGAUGUUGGGUAUAAUGGACAGGCACAAGCUGGAUGUGGUCAGUUGUGGGAAGAACACAGUCAAGGUCCAGAAAGCCAUUUUGUCAGGGUUCUUCAGAAAUGCAGCGAAGAAAGAUCCUCAAGAAGGUUACAGAACCCUGGUUGACAGCCAGGUCAUCUACAUCCACCCUUCUAGUGCCCUCUUCAACAGACAACCAGACUGGGUGAUCUACCAUGAGUUAGUGUUGACCACCAAAGUGUACAUGAGAGAGGUCACUGCCAUUGACCAAUGGCUGGUGGAGUUUGCUCCCAAGUUCUUCAAGUUUUCUGACCCGACUAAGCUGAGCAAACAGAAGAAACAGCAGAAGAUUGAGCCACUGUACAAUAAAUAUGAAGAACCAAAUGCAUGGAGAAUCUCCAGGGCUUUUAAGAAGGUGCACACAAAAGUCACGUUCUGAAGAGCCUAUAUUUUAUCAUUGUGCACUGUGACUUCACCCUUCACUUCUACAGGCUGUAGGACUAAGCUUACAGGAAAGGAUUGUGCUUCCAUGUACUAGUAGACUAGGAUUGUGCUUACACGUCUGGAUUGUAUUUAUACAUGUAGGCCAGGUUUAUGUUUAUAACCAGGACUGUGCUUUUAGGCCCAGGAUUGUGCUUGCGAGCCAAAAUUGUUCUUAUAAACCAGGACUGUGCUUUUAGGCCAGGAUUGUGCUUAUAAGCCAAAUUGUUCUUAUAAACCAGGACUGUGCUUGUGAGCCAGGAUUGUGCUUGUGAGCCAGGAUUGUGCUUGCUCUGGUCGAAUGGAUUCUCCUGGAAGGUGACUAGCCCUUGACUAACUACAACUGCUUGUUCAUAACCCAAUUCCAGUUGGUUUGGCAGCAGUUGAAUUUUGCGAGGUCGUGGUGUAAAUUUGUACAUGUAUAUUUAGAGAUUAGAUUGUUUUCUUUUGGCUCAUCCUGGUUUGCUCCACAUACCAAACCUUACCCAUGCCAAGCAGGUGAAAUGUUUAAACACUGUAGCAUGGAACAGCAUUCCAUUAUCUGGUUGUCAUAAACGUUUAACCACGUGGAAGAACAAUCUGCACAGUUUCAAUGCACACAUCAAAACUUUUGUGUGUAGCUGUAGAUUUGAGCAAUUUUCAUGAAGAAAUACAAUGCUCAACUCUGCUGACAGAUGUAAAGAAUUAGUUUGCUCUGGUAUAAAUGUAAAUAUAGUUAGUGGAAAUUGUGAGUGUGUAAGAAGUGUAUAAUAAGUGUAAAUAAUAAAUAAAGAAUAUAUUUAAAUCAACAAUUAA